AUGAACAGUAUUGAUUCAGAAAUAGAAGCUCUCAAAUCUAUUUAUGAAGAAGAGCUUGAAAUUGACCAUCAAGAAGAUCCAAAUCAGCCGGUUAGUCUUCAUGUUAAAGUUAAACCGAACGAAGAAUCUGGAGCUUCCUCUUUCGUCAAAGUCAACUUCAUUUUACCCACAAACUAUCCCGAAGUUUCGCCGACUAUAUCAAUCACAAACCCCCGUGGAAUAUCAGAUGGAAGUUGUAAGACUUUAAUGAGUGAUAUUGAGAACUUCGUUUCUGAAAGGAGGGGAGAUAAUAUAAUUUUCGAUGUUCUCCAGUUAUGCGUAGAGUUUUUGGUUGAAAAUCAACAAACAGACGAAAGUCUUUGUCUUAUUUGUUGGGAUCUGUUAAACUUACAUCCAGUAACUACCACAGCCUGUGAUCAUUAUUUACACGACCAUUGUUUCAAACGGUAUGUUGUUUAUCGACAGGAAGACUUGAUAAAAGAGUUGGAUAAGCUACCAAAGGUUAUGCAACAUACUAUUGAACUGACAUUACAUUGCCCAGUCUGCCGUGAAGUCUUAGAUAAUAACUUGAAUCUGGAGAUUCAGAAGUUACCUAAGAGAUCUCCGAAAAAGGAAACCACCAAGCAUAUCUUCGACUUUGAUUGGGCCAAAUGGAGGGAACAAAGGAAGAAAAUGAACGAGCUUUUCAUGAGACAGAAAGAAAACGGUGGAAUUAUCGAUGAAGACGAGGAGAAGAAGAAGAACGUGCUGACGGCGGAGACAUUUGUUGAGAUUCCUGUAGCAGCAACGAACGUGGCACAAGCAGACGAAGCCCCUUCUUCUUCAUCGUCUGCUGUUAAUAAUGAUACUGUACCGACUAAGAAGCACUAUUACGGUAGAAACAACUAUCGAGGACGUGGGCAACGUCCAAAAUAUCCAAGAAAUAAUUGA